GUGCGCGGAGAAGUUCCGGGGUACAGGUGGCCGCCGCGCUUCUGGUAUCCCGAGCUUCGCGAGUUGAGUGCUGCUACUCCGCGGUGGAGUCGCCGCACGGUUUCAGGGAUCAUGGUGUUCUACUUCACCAGCAGCAGCGUUAAUUCAUCUGCUUACACUAUUUACAUGGGAAAGGAUAAAUAUGAAAAUGAAGAUCUGAUAAAAUACGGCUGGCCUGAAGAUAUUUGGUUUCAUGUGGACAAACUCUCUUCGGCUCAUGUAUACCUUCGAUUACAUAAGGGAGAGAAUAUAGAAGACAUUCCAAAGGAAGUGCUGAUGGACUGUGCCCAUCUUGUGAAGGCUAAUAGCAUUCAAGGCUGCAAGAUGAACAACGUUAAUGUGGUAUAUACGCCGUGGUCUAACCUGAAGAAAACAGCUGACAUGGAUGUGGGGCAGAUAGGCUUUCACAGGCAAAAGGAUGUAAAAAUUGUGACAGUGGAGAAGAAAGUAAAUGAGAUCCUGAACCGGUUAGAAAAGACCAAAAUGGAGCGGUUCCCAGACCUAGCAGCAGAGAAGGAAUGCAGAGAUCGUGAAGAGAGGAAUGAAAAAAAAGCCCAAAUUCAGGAAAUGAAAAGGAGAGAAAAGGAAGAAAUGAAGAAGAAGAGGGAAAUGGAUGAACUUAGGAGCUACUCAUCACUAAUGAAAGUUGAAAAUAUGUCAUCAAAUCAGGACGGCAAUGAUUCAGAUGAAUUCAUGUGAAAGGAGAAAAGGACCUUUGGAAGAUGUCAAUAUAGAGACAGUUACAGACCUUUUGAUUUCAUCUAUGUUCGAAUUAUAAAAAACAACCCAAAUUCUACUUCAUUCUACACAGAUAUUGUUGAUUUGGGAGUUUUAAGAAAAAAGAUUCUUUUUUACUGACAGAAAAGGAUCGGAUAUAUAUAAAAUAGUUGAGCUUGACAGCAUAUAACUUAAGGAAAGUGAAAAUAUUUUUGCCAGAACAUGUCUUGGUAUCUCAUGAAAGCUGGCUAUCCUUGUUCUUGAGACAGACUUUAGAACAAACCAACUCUGAAAAGUAUUUCUGUUGCUGUGGUCUAUCCCUGAAAACAGAUGUCUUGCAAUGCUUUUCAUAUUCUCAAAAUAUCUUCACUUCUGUUAAGAAGAAUGUGCUGGUGGGCAAUAUAUGCAAAUGUUCCCCCCAUCCCUGGUUUCCUGAUUAGAAAAAAAAGGCAGAUGGGUUUUGAAGAUGAGAGUGAUAUUUUCAGAUUAUUGGCUUCAGUAUUCACUGUUCCAUCAUGUCGUCUGAGUCUGUUAAGGUGGUAAACCUCAGCUCUCAGCUUGUCUCAGCUUUGACAUCCUUGCUUUCUCCUAGUGGGGGCCUCCACUAUAGUAUCAUCAUAUUUAAAGAAAUGGUUGGUGUUAAUCAAGGUUGGGUCUUGUGGCAGUUGUUCCCUGAGCACCAAUUAUCUUGUGACAACUUCCAGGUUUGGGAGUCAUUUCUCAGCACUGAGGGAGGAAUAGGAAGGAGUGCUCUGUGCGUCAUUUGGGUGUGAUGUAGGUUAUCCAAUUUUUGUCUUGGGAUAUAGCAUGAAGCAGAAGUCCAGAUUGCAAUUAUGACUUUAUAAAGAAGCUUUUCACUAACCAAGUAAAUUUUUUCCUUACCUUGAAAUGUUUAUUUUGAGUUGUAAUCCCAGAGUUUGGAUUUCUUAUCGUAGACUUAGUACCUUACUAUGUAACAUUUUUACUCAUUUGAACCACCUGCUGGCCAAUGUGAUUCUGAAUAGAAGAUGGAUAUUUAUUGCCGCAUGUAAGGAAAUGCCUAUAAAAAGAAACAAAACAGGAGAAAGAGAACAAAGCCUAUGGGACAGGAGACAUACAAAUUGACAUUUUAACCCCACCGAGAACUCUGUGCCCGGCUUUCUUACUCUGGUCAAACUCCUGACCUCAAGCGAUCCUCCCACCUUGGCCUCCCAGAGUGCUACAAUUAUAGGCCACCACGCCCAGCCUGGGCUUUCUUAAUCUUACUUGAAUUCUAACCCAGGAAAAAUGGUCUCCUACGGCAAAUAUUCCACCUGUAAUAGCACUUUAGAAAUUAAGGUAAAACCAAAAGACCAGUAUCUCCAUUUAUUCCAAGUUGGUGUGUGAGGUUAAACUGGAAAAUUCCUUGAGGCAUAACUCAUUGGCGAAAUUUUGAGGGGAUUUGGAAGACAACUCCAGAGAUUAGUAAUUUUGUGUGUGUCUAAUAAUAUUCAGCCUGAAGUUCUGCAAUUAAAAGUUACAAUAAAGAUCAUUUCUUAUCUGGAAGGACAUUGACAAAUGAAUUCUUAGAAUUUGUUAUAAAAAGGGCAGCUCCAUCCACAAGCUGAUUUUGAGAGUGCUCUUGCUGUAAAAACUUCAUGUAUCUCAGGCUCAAUCUGACAGGUUCUGUUGGGGUAUCAUCUUCCUCCACUGAUAAAUGCCUCCUUGAUCCAAAUUCCCUCGGGGUCAAAGUGGAUGACCUUUCUCAGACACACUCUUGAUGGACUGUAAAUCAUUCGCUGUGGGGCUUGCAUCAGACUGUUCUGUCUGGUGGCUCUGAGCACGCCUUGGGCACUCUGUGGCAGGCACCUCACGUGGGGAGCUGUGCCCCACGUUGCACACAUGUUGGUAGAGUUUUGGAAUAUAUAUUUCUACUGCAGUAUGAGCGAUCCUGGGGUCCAAUAUUUAAACAUUUCGUAACUCUUAGUUUACAGCGGUUUAAAAUGUCAAGGCCUCUCUCUGCUUGCCUCUCUGUGUUGAAUUCUUAGCUCUCAACCUCUUCAGCUGUCCUGUGCUGGCUUCCCCCGCCCCUUGCCUCUGCCUGUGUGUUUUGGUCCCAGGAAAGGCACUGACCUUUUGUUUUGUUUUGAGGACAUAGAGGUUCAUCGCCGACAGGUCAAACUGUUGGUAUUGAUGACAUCUCAUUUCUUGCUGUUGGCAUGUUUCCUAAAUGUUCGAUAGGAAAAUUCCAAAUUGUUGCUAUUUUUAUGAGCUGUGUGUGCCCUUGAUCCAAUUUGUGCAUCCCGAGGGUUUCUCUGUGGAUCUGAGUCACUUCGCCAACCCUGUCUCCAGUUUCAUCACUCUGACCUGCAUGCAGGUGAGGGUCAUAGUACCAUUUAAUUUACUUCACAAACUCCGCUCUAUUUUUGCAUUCUGACAACUUUAGACUUCACAUUUCUUAUCCAGAUUUGUCUGUCUAGGGCCAUAAUCUUUGGGCAAGGGAGGUUUGUCACAGUGCUUGUGCUGGAACAGAUGCUGAAGUUUUGACAUUAGCAAGUGACAGGCUUUAGUUGAACCCCUUCGGCAUCUUUCUGUGUUUUGCUGUAUAGUCUUCACAUAGAUGUCAGUGAGCCUUUUACCGCACCCCCAGCCCCGGAGAGAUGGUGUGAGCCACACUCUCAGCAAGAUUAGAGGGAGAGUGCAGCUCCAGCCUCUACUUCUUCCUCCCACUGUUGCAUCUGUCUGAGAGGGGAGGUGUUUUCCGAGCUGGAAGUGUUUAUGGGGGAAAACAGAGCAGGGUGGCAAAAUGGAGAAAUGGAACAAUUUUCCGGUUUCUCCUGAACCGUGAUAUUGAAGCCUUUUUCUUUGUUUGAUUUGAAAUAUGGCAUGUGAAUUACAUUUCCAUAUUCACAAUGAUCGUAUUAGAGUAGGCAACCUUUUGAUUUUAAAGUAGACUAUAAAAAUGGACCAAACAACAAUCAAAAGUAUAAAAUCAGAAACUUAAAGUCCAAGCUAAAAUUCAGUCCCCACCCACUUACCUCCAGUGAGGAUGUGGCAGCAGCUCAGGAGUGAGGAGGGCACUGCUGUUGCCCACGCCAAGUUCACGCUUACGUUGCACUUAGUGAGAGCUCUUCGCUGCUGGGCAAACCAGUCCAGCAUGGGCAAGAGACUUUGAUGUGCGUUCUGUCAUUUCAAAAAUGAGAUGAUGCCAACCACAGACAGCAUGUCCAG